GCCCUACAGAGCAGGUGAUAGGUUGGUUUAUCGAUGAGUUGCACUUGUUUGCUUCCUUUCAAUCAUGCUGGUCCAUGUUUCAAUGGACAGUUAUAAGUUCAUAUCACACAUUCAUGGGAUCCACUUAGCCAUCGUCGCCUGCCACGAACUUUGAGUACGAACCCGACAGUUGCCUGGAAUGAUACAUUGAUGAGAUAUAUCUGAUAGUGGUAUUAUUUGUGUGAGUUGGCACAGUGCACUCACGAUUUUUGUUCCAAUUUGGGAAUGGCUGAAUCGAGGUGAUCUACAUAACAUGAUUUCUAUACGACUGGGCUGCUGCUGUGGUAUCACCAUUUGGAGCUCAGUACGCAAGGAAUUUUGUUGAGCAAGUGAGAACUGAUGUUGAUGCAUUCUACAUGCCUUCGUACAAGGUAUACAAAGGGAACCAUGGGACGAGCAGGACCCAUGGUGCCUUGCAGUCGGACCAGGACAUUCCUUCCUUCAGUCAGAUGGCGGAACGGUCUCGCCAUGCUGCUAAGAUGCGUAGAGACAAGGAGACGGAGGAGAUCUCUGCGCUAUCCAAGCUACUUCCUUACCCGGAGGAAGUCACCAGGAGACUCGAUAAAGGCUCCAUCAUCAGACUCACUACCAGCUAUCUGAGGAUGAAGAAGUUUUCACAGAGAGAAGGAACAGCAUUAUUGGAUGAGCUAAAGAAGAAAGCGAUUACAGCUGGACCUACAAAUGAAUCCUGUAAAGAAAACGAAAAGUCACAAGUCAAUGAAGGUGCUCUUAUGCUUCAGGCUCUGAAUGGAUUUAUACUCUUUGUGUCGCGAAAAGGAGGGAUUCUUUACGUCUCAGAAAACGUAGGAAAACAGAUUGGAAUUCACCAGUAUGACAUGAUAGGUAAUUCCAUCAUGGACUUCAUCCAUCCUGAUGACCAGAAGGAACUGGCCAAACAGUUUGUCGUUCAGUUUCCCGGGCACCAGACCUACAAGGGCUAUGGCAUGGAGAAACCUGACGACUCCCCUACUGCAAUGAAUAUUAACUUCUUUGACGAAGCAAAGAGGAAAGAAGAGAAUCCAGCUAUAACAGAUUUCAUCCAAGACAGGCAUUUCUUCCUGCGUAUGAAGUCGGUUGUGUCCAGACGUUCCAUCGGCGGGAAAGGAAAAGUUGUGGGAUAUCGGGUUGUGAACUUCUCUGGUCGUCUGAAGCUGAAAGGAUCAAGCAACAGUAAGGGGUACUGCGUGGAGGGCUUGAUCUGCCUGUGCCGUCCCAUCCAACCGCAGCCCAUCCUAGAGAUUCGCAUGGAUGGCAACAUGUUCAUGAGCAGACAUGGUCUGGAUAUGAGCUUUACAUUCUGUGACCCAAGAAUCAUAACACUAGUAGGCUAUGAACCUCAUGAAGUGAUUGGGAAGACUGCUUACCAGUUCCAUAAUCCGCUGGAUGCUCGCAAAGUCAGUGAUUGUCACUCCAAACUGAUUGUGAAGGGAAGUAGCAUGAGCAAGUACUAUCGCUUCUUGGGGAAGCUAGGAGAAUGGGUGUGGAUGCAGACGAAGGCCACUAUCAUCUACAACACAAACAAUGUGGCGCAGUAUGUGGUCUGCAUGAAUUAUGUCAUCGGGAAAGACGAAGGUGAACGUCACCUGCUAAUGGAGCAGAUGCAGCAUUCGUUGCAGGGAGUCUUGAUGAGCGAUUCAGAUAGCUGUGGGUCUCCCUGUACCCCAAGCACACCUGGAACCCCAGGUACCCCCACCACCCCUGGGAUCGGAUCGUGCUCGGACUUUGGAGAGGCCUCUCCCAAGAUUGUCGAGCUCAAGGAGGAGGAGUUGGCAGAGCUGGUGCCUCAGCCAGUAAGGGAAAACCAAGUGAUCUUGAAACCGGUGGAUGAAUCAAGCUCAGUGUCCUUCAAGGAUUUGAUCAAGGAAUCCAAGCAAUCCAAGGAGGAAGUCGCAAUGGAUGUUUGUGUGAAAAGUGAUAAUGAUGAGGAGAGCAAGAUGCAAUGUGAUGACGCGGUUGGUGUUGACAAAGAAAAUUGUCAAAUGGAGAGCAAUGCCUCGUUUGAGACCACGGAAGACCAGCAUUCCUUCGCAGAGGAGAUUGUGCCGUUAAGUAAAUCUGAUUCACCCGCGAGUGAUGUGGACUCAUUGUCCAGUGGUGGCUCAGGGUCGGUUUGUUCACCGCCAUCUCAAGAGCAUAAGAGACUCAGUAGCUUCGGUGAAGCUGAAGAGAGGGAAUUGCUGAACUUGUUAGACAUUACUACAGAUAAGCCCUUGUCUCCUAUGGGUGAUCUCUCAAGGAUAUCGACAUUGUCAUUUACCGUACCGAGUCCGGAUAAUCUCAGCCAGAUUCUUAGUAGUCCGGGCACGACAAGUCUUUGUGCAGACGGAGAGGUUCAAAGUCCCAACAUGUCAUGGCUGGUGGAGGACGAUGAGGUUUUCUCUGAUAAGUUAAAGUGUCCGGCCAAUAACAUUCUUCUGAACUUACUGAAUGAACCUCCUAUCACAGAAAAAAUGAUGAAGCAUGAAAAUGCACAUCAGACAAUUAAACAAUUAUUACUGUCUUCGGGAAAAAACACAGACACUUGCAGAAAUGGGAGUGGGUUGCCAGCUGAUCUAGCUGACUUUUCUUUGGAGUAUGCUCCGAAUGGAUCAUGCGACCAGGCACCUGUUACGAUUUCACAAGGAGAUACGUUCCUUAGUGGUGUCAACAAGGUUUCUGAAGGAACCACAUUGCCAGACAUUGUAGAACCACAAGUUACUAAUGCUAUGAACUCUGCUUCUUUACAACCUUCUAUCUCAGUGGCACAACCCACCAGCUCUUCUCAGUAUUCAGAUGCAACUUCUGUGGUCAACAGCUUUGUGGCCCCUGCAUGCAGUGGACAGUCCAUCCCACCCACCAGCAAUGGUAAUCAGGUACCUGUGACCUCCUGCGACUCACAUGUUGUUACUGAAGGCAUGUCUAAGCUGGAAAUACAGGACCUUCAGAAUCAAAAGACAAUGCAUUCAAUGUUGAAAGCGCUGCUCACAGGAGCUGAAAAGAACCCUCUGUCCACGCAAGUUCGCUCAAUUCCUCAACAACUCCAGCUUCCUGUCAGUGAUGGUAUGGACAUCAACGAUGUGUUAGGACCUAUCACGCCGUCCACUAAAGCUGCGGUUGAUACGUUAGACUCGCUUAUCCAGGAUCACACCGGUCCUGACCGAGAUUUCUCUAUCAACAACAACAGGAUUAAUCACGAUGAUCUGACACUGUUGCAACAACAGCAGCAACAGAAGGAGAUCUUAGAAAGGGAUUUCAUGCGACAGCAGCAAAUGUUGCGGGAGAAUCAUCGGCGCCAGCAGCAGAUGUUGGAGGAAGAGCACAGGCGGCAGAUCAUCCAGCGCCAAGCUUUGCAACAGCAAAUGGCCAAACAGGUGCAGCUCAAACUUGUAAAUGGGAGCGUUCAGAACGGAUUGCCGCAAAACAUUAUACCGCAUAAUGGUAUCACCCAGAAUGGAACGUCGCAAAGCAAUCUGCUGCAAAAUAACUUGCAGCAACAGAAUGGACUACCGCAGCAGAACGGUCUCGCUGAGCAGAACGGAUGUAGCCAUGGGCCAAAUGAAAACGGACUUGAUAUCACAGGAAUCAGUGAUUUUGACUUUCAGCAGCAAUUGAAUGCUGUCAUAAAUACCCCUCCUCAGCAGCAGCAGCAACAAGCAAUGUUCCAAUCCAAUGGUAUGUACAAUUCCUUGCCAAACUACCACCUCCCUCCACAACAGCAGAAUGGAUUCUCCAGGCAACCAGCGCCAUACCAGCAAGGAAGCCCGCCCAUCGGCCUCUCGUCGUCGCAGCCCAACAAUUUCCCUCUUCAGUCCAGCCAGAACUCUAGUUUAUUAGCUGCCUGUCUCAUGUCUACCUCACAGCAUCAACAACCGCAACAGCAGCAGCAGCAACAACCCAUCCAACAGUCGCUUCCACCACUUCCCUUCCAGCACCCCAACAACUCCUCAUCAGGCUUCAACCAGCAGUCCUCUCCCGUCUCGCAUACCACGUCAACGUUAGCCCCGUCAGAUUGGCAGGGUAGGGUUUACCUGGGUAGAUCGACCGGCCCUUCUCCCGACAUGAACAGCUUUCAAGAACCAUGUGUGCUUGGUCAGCAAAUACAGUUCUAAGAAUGUCCAUCCUUUUGUGAUGCUACAGACACACCAAAGAAACUGACUCCACACCGACCAGUGACAUGCCAUUGGUCGGUUUGGAAUUGGUUUCGUCAAUGUGACUGUUGCAUUACCCAUUUAUUAACUUUCUUUACAACUCCUUGGGAAAUGUUUUAUCCAAUCCUUUGAUCUGUAGAUUUGAAAAUGAAAUGUGUGGGGUUUUUUUUCAACAACAUAAAAUAGGUGAUUUGUCUAGUAGGCUUUAUCGUAAUUUAUUUCCAGUACCAGUUAUUAAACAGACAAUUCUCUCUUUCAGUGAUUCAUGCAAGGUUGCAAUAUAUAUAGAUCAAAUAUAA